AUGAGUGGCCUACAGCCGAACGAUCACGUAACACAGGAUACGGAUCGAGAGGAACAAACAGCUAGGACAAAAUUCACGAAUCAGAAUUCCGGUGCUGAGCAAGCCAAGGAGGCACUAGAAACCCCAAAAGAGACCAAAGGAGGCUUAACUAAAGAAGGGCAAAUCCUAGCAGCAGAGGAGUGCCAAGGAGACUUAAAAGCAAGGAAGAUGACUAAAAAAAUUUAG